AUGGAGCAUCAAUUGAUCACAUUCUUGUCCUUUCUUCUAUAUUCACUAAGUUUCAUCCUUUUUCUUUUCCAGAUUUUGAAAGUGGGAAAGAGAUCCAAAGUGAAAACAAUGAACCUUCCCCCAGGGCCAUGGAAGUUACCUAUCAUUGGAAGCAUACACCACAUGAUUGGCUUUCUACCCCAUCACCGUUUGAGAGAGCUAGCCCUAAAACAUGGCCCUCUCAUGCACCUAAAACUUGGUGAGGUACCAGCCAUUGUGGUUUCUUCUCCAGAAGUUGCCAAAGAAGUGAUGAAAACCUAUGAUUCCAUCUUUGCUCAAAGACCCCAUCAAGUUGGUGCAGACAUCAUGUGCUAUGGUUCCACUGAUAUUGCCACUGCACCAUUAGGAGGCUAUUGGAAGCAGCUUAGAAGAAUAUGCUCACAAGAGCUUCUUAGCAACAAACGUGUGAGGUCAUAUCAAUCAAUAAGAGAAGAAGAAGUGCUGAAUUUGAUGAGACUUGUUGAUGCCAACACUAGAUCUUGUGUGAACCUUAGUGAGAAAGUGUCUUGCAUGACAAGUGCCAUCACUGCUAGGGCAACUUUCGGUGAAAAAUGCAAGGACCAAGAAGAUUUCAUUUCCCUUGUCAAGAAACUUCUGAAACUUGUCGAACGUUUAUUUGUUUUUGACAUUUUCCCUUCUCACAAGUGGCUUCAUGUGAUCAGUGGGGAGAUAUCUAAACUGGAGGAGUUGCAGAGAGAAUAUGAUAUGAUCAUUGAAAACAUCAUUAGAAAGGCAGAAAAAAAGACUGGUGAAGUAGAAGUGGAUAGUCUCCUCUCUGUUCUUCUAAAUAUUAAAAAUCAUGAUGUCCUUGAAUAUCCUUUGACAAUCGACAACAUCAAAGCUGUAAUGUUGAACAUGUUUGGUGCUGGAACUGAUACAUCAUCAGCAGUUAUAGAAUGGACCAUGUCAGAGAUGCUGAAAAACCCUAGAGUAAUGACCAAAGCUCAAGAAGAAGUUAGAAGAGUAUUUGGUAGCAAAGGAUACACCAACGAAGCAGCACUUGAAGACCUAAAGUUUCUGAAAGCAGUAAUCAAAGAAACACUUAGAUUGCACCCUCCUUUCCCUCUUCUUCUUCCAAGAGAAUGUAGAGAAACUUGUGAGGUCAAAGGGUACACAAUACCUGCUGGGACCAAAGUGAUAGUGAAUGCAUGGGCUAUUGCAAGAGACCCUAAGUAUUGGUCUGAAGCAGAAAAGUUUUAUCCAGAGAGAUUCAUGGAUUCUCCAAUUGAUUAUAAAGGUUCCAAUCAUGAACUCAUACCCUUUGGUGCUGGAAGGAGAAUAUGUCCUGGCAUUUCUUUUGGUGUAUCUAGUGUUGAACUUUGUCUUGCACAGCUACUUUACUAUUUUAAUUGGGAACUGCCAAAUGGAAACAAGGAAAACGACUUGGAAAUGACUGAAGCUUUGGGGGCCUCUUCAAGAAGGAAAACGGAUCUGGUCUUAGUUCCCAUUUCUUACAAUCAUGUUCCUGUUUCAUAUAUAAGACCUUAAAAGUUUUAGUCACUGUGAAGGCAGUAAAUUUAUGUUAGGAAGGAAAAAAAGGUGUUUUUUAAUCCUUAUAUUUUGGAUUAAAUGUGACAAAAAAAUAUGAAGAUUAAAAACACAUUUUUUUUUCUUUCUUUUAUGUUACACCGAUGAUUAAGCUAUUGUGUGUGAGGGUGCCAAUAAAUUAAAUGGGAACUUGAUAUCUUUGUAAA